AUCAUUAUUAUUACUAUUAUUAUUAUUGUUGUAAAAUUGUUGAAACCGUAUAAUAUUAUAUUAUUAUUAUAGAAUGUAUCUUGUUGAUUAGUUUCUAAUCCGAACGGGCUUCCAAUCGAACAGCAGACUACUGUAUGCGAUCACAAUAACACAGCUGCAGGACAUUAAAUCAUGUUUGUGAGUUAGACGGCUUACUACCCUACGACAUGCAGCAAACACAACAACACUUCUCGGCUACAGAAUACGAAUUACAACAGCAACAGCCGCAGUACUUAGGAAAACAUGAUGCUGCUGUCAAGUACAUGCAACAACUUGGACUCCACAAGCAGAACAUCAAAGUUGAUUCUGAGAUAAGACCCUGCUUAGUUGCCGAUAAUGUGAUUAGUGAUCAAAAUAGCAGUUGUGGUAGUCCACCUUUAUCCAUUGUUGUUAAUGGUGAUGAACAACAUGGGUCUAGUACUCCAGUACCCACAUCUACAUCAGUAUCACGAUCUAAACCUCAAGCUUGUCGAAUAUGCGGACGUGUUCUAGCUUCUACUUCAUCUUAUUAUGUACAUCUCAAAUCACAUUCAAACAACAAACCUUAUCGUUGCACACAGUGUGAAGCGUGUUUUUGUCGUAAACCAUAUUUAGAAGUCCAUAUGAGAACUCAUACUGGUGAGCGACCUUAUCAAUGUAAUUUGUGCCUAAAGAAGUUCUCUCAAAAGAGUAGUCUCAACAUUCAUAAAAGAGUUCAUACAGGCGAGCGUCCCUAUUCAUGUGACAUUUGUAAGAAAACAUUUGCAGUUAAAAGCUAUGUUAUUUCUCAUAAAUGGAGUCAUAUGACUGAAAAACCAUUUGUAUGUGAGCAAUGUCAGUUAUCAUUUAAUUCUAAGAUCCAAUUCGUAACGCACCUUAGAUCUCAUGACUUGGGGCCUGCACAUUGUUGUCAAUUUUGUGGUAAAGCUUUUGUGAAAGGAUGCUUUUUAGUCAGACACAUCAAUAAAGUCCACCGAUUCAAUGUCGCUGCAGCUGCAGCAGCUACUGACCAUGAGCCAGUACAUAGUUCCUACAUGCAAUCAGAAACUAACUAUUCUAGCAUAAGAUUUGAUCCUCGUGAAAUCAGUAUAUUACCAACUACCAAGAAUGGACCUCGUUUUUUGGGGCCUCCACCGCAUAAUACAGAUGGUCCACCACCAUUAACUCACCUGACUCCCAUGAUGUUGGGUCCACCGCAGAACACACGGGCAUAAACCUAUUUCUUCUAUAUUUAAUUAGUAGGUACUUUUAAAAAAUAUUAGAAAGUGUUAAUAUUAGUCUUGUUUUAUUAGGUAUUAAGUAUUAGAUUUACAAUUAAGUUAUUAAACAUCUUCAAACAUUAAUAAUGUCAUCACUUUUGUGGUAAUUGAUUCUUCAUACUUGUUUAAUAACACAAAAUAUUUUUUUUAUUAAAUUAUAUGUAUAUACAGAUUAUAUAAUUUUACAUUAAA